AGAGGGCCUGAGUGUUUCGAGUCGUUGCUGUCAAAGAUAAGAGUUCUUAUUAUUAAGUUAUUUAUUUUUGUUUUUCGCUACAUUUGCAGCAUUUUUUUUCCAGUUGAGACCACGGAUUCCACUGCAGAUGUUUGUGAAAUACCAUCAACACACAACUUCAGAAGAAUUCAGGCAGUUCCUUUAACAAGCAGGAGGGGCACUUUUGAGGGGUGGAGAGGCAGCGGCCAGUCCAAGGAGCUCCUCGCUCUCUCCUAUAGGAUGGCCAACGUGGUUGGCACUGCUGCUCUCUGUGGCGAUUUAAAGGCGUUUUUGAGUAGCCAGAACCUCCCGAAAGGUAACCUCUCCCUCGUCACUACGUCCAGCUACAGCCCAGCCACCAAGGUCACUUUAGGAGCCCUCAGCUCGAAUGUUGGAGCCCAGAUGAUUAUAACGACACCUCAGAGAGUGGCUCACUCAGGAAGUGUCCUCAUCGGCAGCCCCUUCACACCGCACACUACCCCCGCUGCCAUGGUAACCCAGGGAUGCCCACCAGAGGGCAAUGAGUGGACUCCAGGGAACAGAAAACGGAUGCAUGAUUUUAUAGACUCCUAUUACUCAGACAGAGACGGACUGUGUUCUAGUGACUCUUCAUCUAGUAAGAGGAUGAAGAAAGCUGAUAAGAAUGGGAAAGGUCUCAGACACUUCUCCAUGAAGGUGUGUGAGAAGGUCCAAAAGAAGGGUACCACGUCUUACAACGAGGUAGCUGAUGAGCUGGUGGCAGAGUUCACCCACGCCAGCAGCUUGACGCCCACCGACUCGCAGCAGGUUUACGACCAGAAGAACAUCCGCAGGAGAGUAUACGACGCCCUGAAUGUAUUGAUGGCCAUGAACAUCAUCUCUAAAGAGAAGAAGGAGAUUCGCUGGAUUGGCCUACCAACCAACUCAGCCCAGGAGUGUCGCAGCCUGGAGUUGGAGAAGCAAAAGCGUUUGGAAAGAAUCCGACAGAAAAGAAGCCAGCUGGAGGAGCUGAUACUGCAGCAGAUAGCCUUCAAGAACCUGGUGCAGAGGAACCAAGCCAAUGAAGCAUCCUCGAAAUCUCCGCCCCCACCCGGCUCUGUCAUCCAGCUCCCCUUUAUCAUCCUAAACACAGACAUGCGCACAGUCAUCGACUGUUCCAUCUCCAGUGACAAAUGUGAAUACCUCUUCAACUUUGACAACAUGUUUGAGAUCCACGAUGACAUUGAGAUCCUGAAGCGUAUGGGCAUGUCUCUGGGGCUGGAGACUGGCAAAUGCACCCCAGAGAACCUGAGUGUGGCCAAGUCCCUUGUGCCCAAAUCACUAGAGAGCUAUGUUACAGGCAUGACCAGGAACUCCAACAACACCCCUCUCAGCAAUAUAAGUCGCAGUAGCUCGGCCCCAUCCCACACCUCAGAGUCUCGGGGACCGACGCCCAGCUCCUUCAAUGAAGAAGACGACGAGGAUGAGGACGAAGACGACGAUGAACCUUCCUCUCCAGAAUGACCCUCUGCCCUCUGGGCUGCUGCUGCCACUUUCCCCUCUGGGACGCCGCCUCUCUUCCCCGCCUUCUCCAGUUCUCAGCAUGGGGUCGCUCAGUGAACAGGAAAUAAGCUUCCGCUCACUCCCAACACGAUGAAAUAUCCCCAGCUCCCCUAUCUGUCUCUAUUCUCUCCCUCCCUCCGAAGGUCACUGCAUCGAGGAAGGUGGAUCUGCUGAACUCCCAUGGUGCUUUUCGUCUUGAAGGAAGCUAGCGGACCCUGGGUCAACAGAGCACGGAUGAGGAUGCUAGCAGAAGUUUCAUGUUGGCAGGGCUUCAGUAGCAUACUGCCUCAAAACAUCAUCUUUUUUUGUUGUUUUGCUUUCAAAUAAAGCCUCAGUAUAUUUAUUACUGUCAUGUUCUAAUAUGAAUCACUUUUUUGUAGUUAGUUGUGUUUAGACAAGAGCUAAAGUCUGAAUGUCGAUUCACCAAAACUACAAACACACACAAUGUUAAAGCAUCGGUCCUCUGUUUUUGGUUGGUUGGUUUUUGUUUUAUAAGAUUCUUAACAGUUUUGUGUUGUUUCCCUAGUUUAUGCUUUUCUUGCAGUUUCCUUCCAUAGAAUAUAUUGAUAAAAAUGAAAAUAAAUGACCUUUUUCCUAGGGGGUAUAUUGGCUUGAAGAGAGACAUGCUGAGCGGUGAAGUGAUUUUGUAAGUGUGGUGUGUAGAGUAGCAUCUUCUGCUAAUGUCUGUUUUUGUUAGAAAAUUCAUAGUGGGUAUGAAAAGGCCCAUCCUGAGGACACUGCCCCCUUUGACUGGCUCAGGUCAGCGUUUUAAAUAUGGAGUCAUGUUCAAACACCCAACAGUAAUAAUAAAUAUUACUUGUACUCUCCCUGAGGGUUCCCACUUUUGGUUUGGAAAUGUAACUGUAUGUAUGUGUAUACAUAUAUAAACUUAUAAUUUUGGUUA